GACAACAUCGAGGAUCGAGUUGUAUUAGCCACGUCUGAUUGUUCAGAACACAAGGAUUAUUAGUUUUAUUAUAAUUAUUAACAAUAAUAAUUAUUAAUUAUAGUAAACAUUUUAUUACAUUAUGCCGUUGCGCCUGGAUAUCAAGAGAAAGCUAACAGCCAGGUCAGAGAGGGUCAAGUCGGUAGACCUUCAUCCGACAGAGCCUUGGAUGCUCGCUUCUUUGUACAGCGGAAAUGUGCACAUAUGGAACCACGAGACUCAACAGAUGGUCAGGUCGUUCGAGGUAUGCGACCUGCCAGUACGGACUGCUGUGUUUGUACCGCGUAAGAACUGGGUCGUGACAGGCUCUGACGACAUGCACGUAAGGGUGUUCAACUACAACACGCUUGAGCGGAUGCACUCGUUCGAAGCGCACUCAGAUUACGUGCGUUGGAUUGUUGUACACCCAACACAGCCUUAUAUUCUCACCUGCAGCGAUGAUAUGUUAAUCAAACUGUGGAAUUGGGAGAAGUCCUGGCAUUGCCAGCAAGUAUUCGAAGGCCACACGCACUAUGUAAUGCAGAUUGUGAUCAACCCGAAGGACAACAACACAUUUGCAUCUGCCUCGCUUGACCGGACUGUCAAGGUGUGGCAGCUCGGAUCAGCGGCGGCAAACUUCACUCUCGAGGGUCACGAAAAAGGUGUGAAUUGCGUCGACUACUACCACGGUGGUGACAAGCCUUACCUCAUAUCUGGAGCGGAUGACCAUUAUGUCAAGAUAUGGGACUAUCAGAACAAAACAUGCGUUCAGACUUUGGAAGGGCAUGAGCUAAAUAUUACAGCAGUCUGUUUUCAUACAGAAUUGCCAAUCGUUAUAACUGGUUCUGAAGACGGGACUGUACGACUGUGGCAUUCUUCAACAUAUAGGCUUGAAUCUUCAUUGAAUUAUGGCCUGGAACGUGUGUGGACAAUAAGCUGUCUUAAGGGUUCUAACAACAUUGCCCUUGGAUACGAUGAGGGUUCGAUUAUGGUAAAAAUUGGACGUGAAGAGCCUGCGAUUUCCAUGGAUGUUAAUGGUGAGAAAAUUGUAUGGGCCAGACAUUCAGAAAUGCAACAGGUGAACUUGAAGUCUUUGGGUACGGAAAGCGGCGAGGUGAAAGACGGUGAGAAACUCCCAGUUGUAGCCAAAGACAUGGGUCCUUGCGAGAUAUUCCCUCAGAGCAUCGCUCACAAUCCGAACGGCCGUUUUGUAGUCGUAUGUGGAGAUGGCGAGUACAUCAUAUAUACAUCCAUGGCAUUGAGGAACAAGAGCUUUGGCACCGCACAGGAGUUCGUCUGGGCGCAAGAAUCCUCAGACUAUGCCAUCAGGGAGGGCACGACCACCGUACGACUCUACAGGCAGUUCAAAGAGAGGACUAGCUUCAAGCCAGAAUUUGGCGCAGAGGGAAUAUUUGGAGGACAAUUACUUGGCGUACGUACAGUGUCUGGUCUUUCACUUUACGAUUGGGAAAGCCUGGUUUUGAUACGCCGCAUAGAUAUACAGGCGAAGGCGUUAUACUGGUCUGAAGCAGGCCACCUGCUCGCCAUCGUCACUGACGACAGUUAUUUCCUGCUCAAGUAUGACCCGUCUGUCGUGAAUGGAUCACCACCUGGCCCGGAUGGUUAUGACAAUGCCUUCGAGCUCGUGAAAGAGGUGAAUGAAUCGGUGAAAACAGGCCUUUGGGUCGGCGACUGUUUCAUAUAUACGAACGCCGUGUGCCGUAUCAAUUAUUAUGUCGGUGGUGAGAUUGUCACUGUGGGACACCUUGACACAACAAUGUAUCUUCUUGGCUACGUUGCACGACAAAACCUGCUUUAUCUUUCAGACAAGCAUCACAACAUCGUUUGCUACACGCUAUUGUUGUCCGUUUUGGAAUAUCAGACUGCAGUAAUGCGGCGUGAUUUUGACACCGCAGACCGUGUCUUACCAACAAUACCCAUCCAGCACCGUUCAAGAGUGGCACACUUUUUAGAAAAACAAGGUUUUAAAAAGCAGGCACUAGCUGUCUCAACGGACCCAGAGCAUAAAUUCGAACUCGCCUUGCAGCUUGGCGACCUUGAGAAGGCCGUCGCCCUCGCAAGGGACAUUUCGAGCAAGUCAAAAUGGGCGCAAGUCGCCGAGCUUGCGACCUCCCAGGCGAAACUUGGUGUCGCACAGAUGUGCCUCCACCAGGCACAGCAUUACGGUGGCCUCCUCCUCCUUUCAACAUCAGCUUCUAACGUUGAAAUGAUGGAGAAGCUUGCCGAGAGCUCGGGCAAAGACGGAAAGAAUAACGUGUCAUUCCUCGCCUAUUUCUUAAUGGGCAAUUUGAAAAUGUGCCUGGAAAUAUUAAUAAACACGAAACGCAUCCCUGAGGCCGCAUUUUUCGCCAGGACGUACAUGCCGAGCCAAGUUCCAAGGGUCGUCGAACUUUGGAAAACUCUUUCAAAAGAUAAAACUGGCCAGUCUCUCGCCGGGCCAGACCAGUACCCGAAUUUGUUCCCGGAUUGGAACGACGCCCUUAAGACGGAACAAUACCUCAAGGAAACUAGAAAAACCCUCCAUGCUCGUGACUAUUCCAAAGUCCAGCCGAACCACCAGAGGCAGCCGAUCGAAGAGAUGAAAGCGGCCGAGGCUGCUGGCCAGUUCACGUUCAACCAGAUUCAGUCUGACAAGAACGAACUCAGCCAGGCCGUGACCGACAAGCCUGGUGAAGAAGAGUCGCCCAAGAGGCCUGUUGAGAAGAAAUCACACUCAGAAGACGACCUCGAUGAAGUAUUGGAUGACGUCUUGAACUUGGAAAUUGAAGACAUGAAUUUGUCCGACAUCGAUCAAAAUGAUUCUAUAGAUGACGAUCUGUAUGAUGCCUAAAUCUUCUUCAAUAAACAAAAA